GGGUCAUCUCCUUCCCUCCAAAAACCUAGCUCUUCAAAUCUUUCCCUCCACAUUUUCGAAUCUUUCAAAUUCUAAUCCAAAAAUCAAAUCAAAGCAGAACCACCAUUCGAAUUCCAAUUCCGAUUUGCCUAUAUAUAUUCCGAUCAUGACCCUCCUUCAUUCUCAUCUUACCAGGUCUUCUUUUUUCCCCCAAACUUCCAACUCUUCUGCUCUUGCCCCAUUAUUCAUCAAUGGAGUCUUCCAACAACUCAAUUUCCUUCGCCCGUAGCAAUGAUUUUCCCCAUUCCGCUCCCCGUACUACCGGCGAGGUUCAUGUUAUUGUGGGUCCAAUGUUUGCGGGCAAGACUACUGCUCUACUCCGUCGUGUCAAGUCCGAGGCUGACAAUGGCAGAAAUGUGGCGAUGAUAAAAUCCAGCAAGGAUACCAGAUAUGCAAUUGAUUCAGUUGUGACACAUGACGGUAUUAAAUUUCCAUGCUGGGCGUUGCCAGAUCUGUCUUCAUUUAGAGAAAAGUAUGGCGAUGAUUCCUAUGAAAAGUUGGAUGUGAUUGGAAUAGACGAAGCUCAAUUUUUUGACGAUCUCUAUGAUUUCUGCUGCAAGGCUGCUGACAAUGAUGGUAAAACUGUCAUAAUUGCAGGUCUUGAUGGUGACUAUUUGAGGAGGAACUUUGGUUCAGUGCUUCAUAUUAUACCACUGGCUGAUACAGUUACCAAGUUGACAGCUCGUUGUGAACUAUGUGGCAAACGUGCCUUCUUCACAUGGAGGAAGACGCAGGAGACACAGACUGAACUGAUUGGUGGGGCUGACGUGUACAUGCCUGUGUGUCGAUUUCACUAUGUUAAUGGCCAAGUUGCCAUGGAAACUGUGAGAAGUGUUCGGGAAUCUCGUAAAGUGAAGAGUGAGUCUUUUCUAGAGGCAGCAGCUCCAGUUGCUUAGUGAUAUGAUCAUAACGACUAGGUUUGUGUUAGGUAUAAGUUUGCUUAGUCUUAUAAUGAAAGCCAAUUAGUGCCUUACAGAUAGGAUGGCGUUGUGUUGAGUUGGAGUUCACGUGGUUUAGGUAAUAUUGUCUGCUUGGUUGUCUUGAUUAUGUGUACAUACGUAUUUAAGUUUCUUCUUCGUCUUUUAUAUCUGUACUUGUACUUUGAUCUGAAGGGGACUGAAGCAAGAGAUCAUGAGAGAACCUGAACUAAAUCCUUAUGUUUUAUGACAAUUCACAGAACUUUCAAUAACAAUCUUGUACCAUUAUGUUAUCCAGGUUGAAUCAAUGUAUUCUUAACAUGUUCUUAAUUUAUGAAAAUUGUAUGAGAGAGAGUUUCUUGGUAA